UUUGCUGAAUGGAGCGAAGGUUGUGUGAAUGGAGAGAGCAUCACAAUAAACUCUGGACACAACAAACGCAAGUAGGACAAUUUUCUUUAAAUAAACACAGAAUUAAUGCCACAUUCAUCCAGACUGUGGGGUACAGAAUAAAAGGAUACAGAAGGGGCAAUGAAUUGUGAUCUCUUGUCAAUAUAGCUGACCUAAUGAAAAUUUAGAUUAAUUUACCCCUUCCCCUAUAUUUUCUCCACUUACUCAGAACUACACUCAACAUAGCUUAGUGCAAAAUCAUUAAAGAUUGGCAACUCAGUUUUCAUUCCCUGGAAUCUAUUCAGUUUUCUUUUAUAUCCUGCUCUCAUUAUCUAUUUUUAUCUUUCCAAUCCUAAUAAAUUUAUUCACACCAAGGUUUUCAAGUAAGUAUAUUUCUAAGAGUGUCAAGAUUUGAAAAUCAACACUUCAGGAAGAAAGGAAUGCUUACCCCCAAAGGAUUUGUUUUUCAGGCAUUAGUGAAAAAAAUAUUUUGAGGUAAAGAGUCCUACAGAUGCUUCCUAAUGCUUCGUAUAAUAUGCCAUACAGAUAUGUCCUGGAAUAAAACUGGAUUUGCAUUAAUAUACUUCUUUCUCCCAUGGUACAUGUGAAAAUUUCCUUUGCUCUGAUCUAAAAUACUAUGCAAGUCUUGGAGAUUGCCUUCAGCUGCCCCUUGUCCAUUUCACAGGUGUACUGCUGCAGGUAGAAUAUGUUAGGCAUCUAACACAGUGUAGUCCUAGGCUCUGGGGCUCUGAAGGUGCUUGGAACACCAUCUUCAACGGGUUGUGGGUACAGGUCUGGGCUACAGAAAACCAACCUCUUUUCACCCAAUUAUUCCUAACCACUGAGAGGAAAUGAAGGUUUACUUAUACUUCCUGGCAGAGGACUCUGAGGGGAAUGGGGAGUGGGUGGACAGGAAGUGUGAGGUGAGUUAUGUAUCUUUAAGUUUUUCUUAAGGAGUAGAGUAUUUAUUUUAUAUCAGGAGUUUAAAUGUCUGUAUAUCUAAGAAUACUCUAGGCAGAGGUCAUUCCCACUUUGAACUCUCCUAUUGGGAGCUACCUAAGGGUCAAUCUUAGGUAAGGAGUGUCCACUUUGGUACCUGAACACAACAAUUGAGGGGCUUAGAGAAAGGAUCACGAUGAAGAUUGUAGUGGUCCACUAUGAAAGGGGCCAGAGGGCACAUAGUUUCUACAAAAGACUCCAUAAACAAAUAAACCACGCAUUGUCACAAACUGAAAGCUAAGUGCAACCACAGGAUUGGAAGACAAUGCACUGUCGCCCUAUAAAUAGAAACAAAAGUUUAUUUGCUUAAUGUGAAGCUUUGCAGCCUGUAUUUACAGCCUAUAAAAUAGUUCUUCAUAAUUAAUCAGAGAUAAAGAGGGAGAGAGAGAGACAGAGAGAGAAAAGAGAGAGAGAGAGAAGAGAGAGAGAGAGAACAAGCACAGGCAAGCUUGCUAGCUCAAACUACCGCCUGGAAAACGGAAAUGUUCAGUGUGCACAGAAGCUUGCACAUUUCACGCUGACAUCUCACUACCAUGUUUUCCAACAUGGUAGUGGUUAGGAUGUUGGUUUUUCUCAGAACAAGGAGCUGGAAUUGAGGUACAGAUCAAUAGCAUCCUUGUUGAAGUGGCUGUCACUUGAAUUCUUUGGAAAUCAUUGGAGAAAACAGAAAGAAACUGAAACGUGCUGCCUUUGUUUCCCAAUUUUUAGCUUUCAACACAUAACUAAAAAACUCUCAGAAAGCUGAUCUAUCCAAGCUAAUCAUCUCUGAAGAAUUGCAGACUCAUUCAGUACUAAAGCAAAUCUUUCUUCUAUGUGAGCCAAAAAUAAGGAAAAACAGCCUGUCAAACACCUGUAAAGAGAUGGCUAUCAUCAUAUGGAAAUUUGAAGAGCUUCUAUGUGGCACAUUCAUGAUCCAAAUGGGAAUCAACUGUCAUGAUAUCCCAGAAGGCCUUAUAACAGAGUAAACAAGAGGGAAAAUUAUAACAGCUUGUCACCUGUGUUUGCACACUAGACUUCAGUGUAGUUACUAUAAAAGAAAAUCCAAGGAAAAUAUGCAGAUAGUUCUUUGAAAACCCCAAAAUUAUGUGCAGGGGCUCAGACCAAAGCAGGAGAAAGGAAGCUAUUUUACACUCACUCUGUACAACCCAUUGAUAAGUCUUUUAGAAAGAGUAGCAGUUGAUUGUGAAUUUAUGUUUUGAACCACCAUUUGGCAAAGGUAGUUGCUCUGGAAAGGAACAUGCCUGCAAAUGACACUUGUGCUGUGCCAAAUGGAGACAAUGGAGAUUUUCGAUAUUUUAUCUAUGCAGUGACAUACACUGUAAUUCUUGUGCCAGGUCUCAUAGGGAACAUAUUAGCCUUGUGGGUAUUUUAUGGCUAUAUGAAAGAAACCAAAAGGGCUGUGAUAUUCAUGAUAAACUUAGCCAUUGCUGACUUACUACAAGUUCUCUCCCUGCCACUGAGGAUCUUUUACUACUUGAAUCAUGACUGGCCAUUUGGGACUGGUCUUUGCAUGUUCUGUUUCUACCUGAAGUAUGUCAACAUGUAUGCAAGCAUCUACUUCUUGGUCUGCAUAAGUGUGCGACGAUUUUGGUUUCUCAUGUACCCCUUUCGCUUCCAUGACUGCAAACAGAAAUAUGACCUAUACGUCAGCAUCGCUGGAUGGUUGAUCAUCUGCCUUGCCUGUCUGCUCUUUCCUCUCUUCAGAACCAGUGAUGACACUUCAGGCAACAGAACCAAAUGCUUUGUGGGUCUUCCUACCAGGAAUGUCAAUCUGGUCCAAUCUAUUGCCAUGAUGACCAUUGGUGAGCUGAUUGGGUUUGUCACUCCUCUUCUGAUUAUCCUUUACUGUACCUGGAAGACAGUUUUAUCACUGCAUGAUAAAUAUCCUGUGGUCCAAGACCUUGGGGAGAAAAAGAAAGCCUUGAAGAUGAUUCUAACCUGUGCAGGAGUAUUCUUAAUUUGCUUUGCACCUUAUCACUUCAGUUUUCCUUUAGAUUUCCUGGUCAAGUCCAACAAAAUUCAAAGCUGCCUAGCCAGAAGGGUGAUUCUAAUAUUUCAUUCUGCUGCCCUCUGUCUUGCUAGUCUGAAUUCCUGUCUUGACCCAGUCAUAUACUACUUCACCACUAAUGAGUUCAGAAGACGACUUUCAAGACAAGAGAGCAUCCAACUCCAUGGAAAAUCCUUUGUGAAUAUAUGAAGUGAAUUAGCACCAGCAAUUUUAUCUGUGAACCUAAGACACGGAGAGUAUUUGCUUGGGCUCAUCAUAAGCAUUUAGUUUUGCUGCAAUGGACACUGAGUCUUGGUACUUAGAGGCAAUGUAGUUGUCUAUUUAUUAUAGUAAUCACAAUUUAUAUUCAAAUAUAAUAUUUUUAUUGUAUUUUAAGUAGGAUGAACAACAUGUUAUUCUGUGAAAACAAAGUGGUAUAAACAUGGAAUCAUUUUUAUCUCUCAUGUGUGAUUAUACAGUAAGGUUUGAAGACUUAAAUAACUAUUUCCUACAUUUAAGUGUCAUUAUUAAACAUCAUCUGACACACCUAUUCAUAAAAUGAAUAUUCAAACUCAAGCUUCUGAUAUGUUUAAAGAACAGGAAACAAAUACACAUACAAUAAUUUCUAUGACUGUAUAAGGUGCCAUAUUGAAUCUACCAGGUCAGAUACCUUGCCAAAAUACAUACGAUGUGACCCAAAUUGCCUCUAUAGGGCCAGAACAGAUCCUAUAAGUGACAAUCACAGUUCUGGUUCUCUUAAACUAUUUCUAAAGAACACCUAUGGAAAUGUAUUGACCUGCCUAGAAGAGAGAGUUUCCACCAUGCUUCUAGACUAACAUUGAAUAUCUCUGACAGUUUUCUGGUCCAGUUUUACCCCAGUCAUACCAUUGUGAGGCCUGCACAGCCUACCUCCCAGCAGCUGGGGAAGGAGAUUCAUCUUUUGGGAAAAAGUGCAGAAGACUAAGAGUAGUAAUUAAAUCUGAGGUUUUAAAUAUUAUAGUACUUUGAAACAUGUUUUAACAAAAAUCUCUAACUUUAAAAAGUGAUUUACUUAAAAUCUGUGCACUAUAUAAUAAAGACACAUGCUACUACUCAUCUGGAAGGAAUGUGGGAAUCAACCAAGGGCUCCAUCAUAUUUUUAUAAAAAGGAGUUGUUUUAUGCACAUAAUUAUGAUACUAAUAUGAUUGGAGGAGAAACUGGUAAAAUCAAAAUUAUUUCUAAUAUCUGAGAGGAAUGGAAGAUUUUCUAAUGUUUUCUCUGGACAAGUAUUGAUUUUGCAUGUACUUUAUUAUUAAAAUAAUAACCUAGUAGAAAACACACUUUGUGCUGCUAAAUAGUGUAUUUAUAUUCUAAUUAUUCAUUGCAAGGUACAUAUUUUGAUGUGUUAAAUGAGUUAUGAAUGAGUGUUAAGUUGUGUUUCAGAGACUGUAACUAUCUCUGUCUGGUAUGUUUUCUUUAAAGUGAUUUAUUUUUGAAUAUAAUUUAGUGUUGUAAUGGUAUCAAAAGUAAUAAUUUUAUGAGUACUUAUAAUGGAAGAGUCUUACCUAUACUAUAUUUCAUUACUACUUUUUAUAUUAGAAUGGAUUACACUUCUUAGGAUCAUUUUGGGAUACCAGAGACUUCAAUUUUUUUUAAUUUAAUUUAUUGUCAAAUUGGCUUACAUACAAUACCCGGUGCUCAUCCCAACAUAUUAAUUUCACUUUAAACAUAUUUAUUUUUUUCUAAAAGGGAGGGAAAAUCUUUCUAGAACAUUACUACAUUUCUUAGAGGAAUGGUUGAAGGGGUUAGAGCCAUUUAUUAGGUGGUCCAGAAGCCGUUGCAGGUAAUUUACAUCAUGCAAAGAGAGGACAAAUGUCCUGUAUUCUUAUGCUGCUUAGCUAGGACCACCCAAUAAAUCUGAUCAAUUUACUCAUACUGAGAUGCUAGUGAAUAAUGUUGGCAUAGUAUGAACUUGCCCAGGGAUAUCUGAAUCCAAGGUUUAGGGAUAAACUUUAAUUCAAAGUGUUAAUCAUUUAUUUUUAAUGGAAGGAUGAAAGACACUGAAGAAAACUGGAGGGGAAGAUAUUUUUAAGAAAAUGAAUUUUACAUCAGUGUCUUUCAAAUUAUACACAGUAAAUGAUCACCUACUUUGCUUACCAUAAUGGGGAUGCUAAAUUCUAAGAAAUAUAUCCACAAGAAUGGUUAUCAGUUUCAGAUCUCUGCUUAUUUCCUUUUCCUUUGGAAUUUAUGCCUUCCAACUCAGUACCUGAUUUCCAGGAGAAAAACAUUGCUUUUAUGAGUAGGAGAAAUGGAAUAGAAUAGAGACCCCAGAAUUGGACCCACAAAUGUGUGGCCAACUAAACUUUGACAAAGCAGGAAAGAGUGUCCAAUGGAAAAAAGUAUAGUCUUUUUAACAAAUGGUGCUGGGAGAACUGGACAGCAACAUGCAGAAGAAUAAAACUAGAUCACUUGCUUACACUGUACAAAAAAAAUAAACCCAAAAUGGGUAAAGGACCUGAAUGUGAGGAAACCAUGAAAACCCUAGAGGAGAAAGCAGGAAAAAAACCUCUCUGACCUCAGUCACAGCAAUUUCUUGCUUGACACAUCUCCAAAGGCAAGGGAAUUAAAAGCAAAGAUGAACUAUUGGGACCUCAUGGAGAUAAAAACUUCUGCACUACAAAGGAAACAAUCAACAAAAUUAAAAGGCAACCAACGGAAUGGGAAAAGAUGUUUGCAAAUGACACAUCAGACAAAGGGCUAGUAUCCAAAAUCUAUAAAGAACUCACCAAACUCCACACCCCCAAAACAAAUAAUCCAAUGAAGAAAUGGGCAGAAGACAUGAAUAGACACUCCUCUAAAGAAGACAUCCAAAUGGCCAACAGGCACAUGGAACGAUGCUCAAUGUCACUCAUCAUCAGGGAAAUACAAGUCAAAUACCACACUGAGAUACCACCUCACCCUGGUCAGAGUGGCUAAAAUGAACACAUCAGGAGACUAUAGAUACUGGCGAGGAUGUGGAGAAAUGGGAACCCUCUUGCACUGUUGGUGGGAAUGCAAACUGGUGCAGUCACUCUGGAAAACAGUGUGGCGGUUCCUCAAAAAAUUAAAAAUAGAUCUGCCCUAUGACCCAGCAGUAGCACUGCUAGGAAUUUACCCAGGGGUUACAGGAGUGCUGAUGCAUAGGGGCACUUGUUCCCCCAAUGUUUAUAGCAGCACUUUCAACAAUAGCUAAACUAUGGAAAGAGCAUAAAUGUCCAUCAACUGAUGAAUGGAAAGAGAAAUUGUGGUUUCUAUACACAAUGGAAUACUGCUUGACAAUGAGAAAGAAUGCAAUCUGGCCAUUUGCAGCAAUGUGGAUGGAACUGGAGGGUAUUAUGCUAAGUGAAAUAAUCCAGAGAAAGACAGAUACCAUAUGUUUUCACUCAAAUAUGGAUCUUGAGAAACUUAACAGAAGACCAUGGGGGAGGGGAAGGGGAAAAAAGUUACAGAGAGGGAGGGAGGCAAACCAUAAGAGACUCUUAAGGACUGAGAACAAACCCAGGGAUUGAUGGGUGGUGGGGGAAAGGGGAAAGUGGGUUAUGGGCAUGGGGGAAGGCACUUGUUGGGAUGAACACUGGGUAUUGUACGGAAACCAAUUUGACAAUAAAUUCUGUUAAAAAAAAAAAAAAGGAGUAGGAAAGAUGUGCUACUGCACCUGACAUUCAAAUGGCAGCUUCUUUGUGCUUUUUUUCUUUGAAGAAUCCUCUUUUUGAAUCUCCUAUUUACUAAUUUCUUGGUUCAAUGAAAUCUGGGUGCAAAAAGUAAGCACCCUCAACCUCAGUAAUAUACAAUUCAAGAUAAAUAAGCUCACAUUUCCCAUAUAAAUGUUUUGAGUUCUGAUUCCAAAAUAUACACAGAAUUAUUCCAAAAACAGAUAUUUGGAAUAUGGAGUGACUUCCGUACUAUUAUUGCUGUCAUUAUUUUUUUAUUAUAUUCAAAUGGUUUAUGUGUUUUCAUUAUCAGUUAAUUACUCAGCUAAUUCUAUUAACCUGUAAUUCCAUACAAAAAGAGCUCCUACCCUAGGAACAACAGAUCAAGCUACCUUGAUCUGAAAAAGUACAUAAGUGGAACUUUGUGCAACUUCAUUAUUAUAUCAUCUUUUUGUUUUUACUCUGAAGACAAUGUGAAAUUCUUGCACUUAUAAUUUAUUUACAUUUGUAAGUUAUAAGUUGAAUUUUAAUAAUAAAGAUAGUCUCUGUAGUUACAUAGAAAUUUUAUGCCUCCAGAGGUCAAUGUAUAUUUAGUGACUUUUUCAGAAAAUGUGAAACUUAAGGAUAUUUUUCUGUAUUCUCAUACACAUAGAUAAGUCCCAUGAGACUUCACUCUUCCUUUCUCUCACUGGAGAGGUGCAUUAUAUUCUCAGAAAGAUGAGGAACUUCCCCCAUCUUAUUCUACCCCUAUUUUCCACUUCUCCCAUAGAUUGAUUCUUUAUCCACACCUUAUUGAGAUUAUUCCUAUCCCUCACUUGUUGACCAAGUCUAUUUGAAUAACUUACCCUAUAUUUUCUAGAAUGCAGUUUAUGGGCAUAAGGUGAGAUGAGGUGACAGAGGAAGUGUUUUUUCCUUAAGUCUUACGUGUUGUUAAGAUGACAGUCUGAUUUUUUGUGGAUUGGCAGGAGGAAAAAAACACCAUAUUCCACUGUCUUCGUUUACUUUUCCAAAAACAGAUAUAAAAACAAACAGUGAUGACAGUAUAGUUGCUGUUGGCCCUCGUCUCAUCUUAGUUCUUUUUCUUCCUCUUUAGCAGCUCCCUUUUUAUUUUACCUAUAUCCCUAGUGCUUUGGGGAGACCCAGGUAUCUUCUGUAAUAACCAAGUUGUUAAGAAUUACAUUUUGGCUGUUGAUAAGAAAUAAUUUCCUAGGAAGUGUUAAAGGCUUUUCUAAGGAGAAAUUUCUGAUGUUUUGGUAGACAUGAAGAAAAUAAUGGGAUAAAAAUAUGAGAUCUGGUCCAUGUUUCCAAUGUCCUAAAAUCACAUAUACAUCUUCUCUGUGCCUUCCUACAGCCAGGCCAGAAGUAACUUCACUGCCUUCACUGCCAUAUUUUAGGGGGAAGGAGUGAGAGAUAAAACUCCCAAGUAAAUGUGGUUCUUUUAACUUAUUCCUCAGUUAUAGAAGAUGUGAUCUAUGUUUGGGGAACAAGGCAAUGUAUUGUAACUUUCUUGAACUUUAUUGACUAUUUUCUCAGCAGAACCAUUUCGUGAACCUUAAACACUUAUUUGGUUUUGCAAAGACCAUAUUUUUAUUCUAUUGUUUGUUGACUUUUAUUUACCUAACUCUUUACUACACAUCUGCUAUGUCAUCUAUAGACAUAGCUUUUAUUUGAUGGCUUACAUUUGUCUUCUUGGAUCUCUUCAAAGAAUAAUAGAACUCCCCUUGGCAGUGGGGGCUGUUAUUAAGCCUCUCACCCUGACCCAAUUGUCUUCUUUUUGCAAGAGCUUCAUAAGCAGAGUCGAGAGACAGACAGGAUUUUUGCUCUUCAAAGUUAGAUUUUGGGCAUAAUGGAAAGACUUUUUUCAGCCCUUUCCAAGCAAUAUUGAAUAUUCACAACUAUUCACUGACAAGUAUCAUUCAUACUUUUUAAAAUGCUAAUCUAAUAAUAAGAAAAAAUAAAUUUUAAAAAAGCAGCUUGAAACACUAAUGGUCCAAGUAUUGGGCUCAUUCAAGUAUUUCAUUGAAGGAACACAUGAAAGAAGUAGCCUUAUAACCUCCUCACCAUGCUUGCAUAAAUUCAAAUAUGUAAUACUAGGUUAAAAAUGGUGUGAAAUCACAGUGGUGUCUUAUGUCACUAAGUUUAACCUUUUCACUUAGAUGCAUGUGUGUGUGUGUGUGUGUGUGUGUGCAUGUGUGUGCGCAUAUGUCUGUUUAACUAUGGAAAAGUUCAAGUAUUUUCAAAAGAAGAGCAAUUAGUAUAAUGAUCCCCCAUGUACCUGUUAUUCAGUUUCUAACAACAUCAACACAUGGCCAAUCUUCUUUUUCUCUGACUAUACCUAUUUUCCCUACCCCAUAUUACAUUAAAGUACACUUCACACAUUAUGUAAUUCCAUCGUUAAAUAUUUUAAUGUUACAGUACUAUUUAUUUUUUAAAGGAUUUAUUUAUUUACUUUUGAGAGAGAGACAGUUUGAGUUGAGGAUGGGCAUAGAAAGAGGAGGAGAAAGAGAAUCCCAUGCAGCCUCCAUACUAUCAGUGUGGAGACUGAUGUGGGGCUUGAACCCACAAACCAUGAGAUCAUGACCUGAGCCAAAGUCAGCUGCUUAACCAACUAAGCCACCUAGGUGCCCCCAAUAAGUUAUAGUACUGAACUAUUCAGUAUAUGAUCAAAAAAGGUUAAAUAAUAAGACUGAUUUAAGAUGUUUUCAGUAAUGACAUCAAACACUAAAUUCAAACAAAUAUAAGAAUUUCCUUUUGAUCAAUAUGAGCAGUUGCCAACUAAAAUAAAAAUGUUUAUUAACCUGGUUCUCUUUUCCUUAGAUGAGUCUUCUACUGCAGAAGUGUUAUGGAGACUUUAUCUUGCAAUGGUAUCCUUCUUAUAUGAAGGAGAAAUAAAAGUUUCCCCAGACAAAUGCUGAGGGAGAUCACCACUACUAGAACUGCCUUGACAGAAAUGUUAAAAGUUCUUCAUGCUGUAAUGAAGAUGUUAAUCAGUGACAGGAAAACAUGUGAAAGUACAUGAGACACUGGUAAAGGUGAAAAAUAGUCAGACUUAGAAAACUGCAACUCUCUAUUAGGAUGAGGUGUUAACCCCUCAACUAUAGUAAUGAAGUUGAGGGGAAAUAAAGUAAUAAAAAUACCUAUAGCCACAAUAUAUUUACAAAUACAUGGAAUAAAAGAAGUAAAUUAUAAAAUCAAUAAUAUAAUAAAACUGAGACUUUAUAGCCAUUCAAAGAUAAGUUCAUGUCAGCCUAAAGUGGGCUGUUUUAUCUAUUAAACAUUUUAAAUAAUGUAAAAGUUAACCACAAAGUAGAAACCUAGAGUAGAUCCACAAAGACAAAGAAAGGGGAAACAGAGGAUAUCACUAUUGAACUUAAGGAAAUUACAAAAAUAUGCAAAGACAAUAGGAAAAAGAAACAAUAAAAAUACAAAACAAUGAAAAAUUAGUAAGAUGGUAUUAAUAAGUCCUUAUAUAUCAAUAAUUAUUCUAAAUAUAAAGGGAUUGAACUUACCAAUAAAAAGGAACAAAAUUGCUGGAUAGAAUUUUUAGAAAUCCAAGUAUAUGCUGCCUAAAAUAGGCCAAUUUCAGAUUUAAGAGCACAUACAAACUCAAAGUGAAUGUAUGGAAAUAGAUAUGCCAUAAAAGUUUAAACCAAAGAAAGUAGGGGUAGCUAUAUCAGACAAAACAGACUUUAAGCCAAAAGCAGUAACAAAAAACAAAGAAGGUCAUUAUAUAAUAAUAGAAAGAUCAAUGCAU